GAACUAGACUGGAUUUUAGCGGGUGUGAAUGAAGACCGAAGGAAACACAGCCAGUAAUUCUCUAACAGAUUGUAAAGCUGAGAUUCUAUAGCUGCAGUCUAGAAUAACAUGCAGCUGGGCUUUACUUACUUACACCUGUCUUUGUGAUGACAGACGUGAGUGGCUGCACACUGAUGGAUGGCAGAAGACAUGAGAUGAUCCGGUCUCCCGCAAACCCGUCUGGCUGCGUCCGGGAUCUGUGCGCAAACUCAAGAGGACAGCAUGAACAUGUGGACUACAGAAGUCUCUGAGUGAGAUCAUGGAUCAGCUGCUGUCUGUCUGCAGGACUGGAUCCACAUAUUUAUACGUUACUUACAUUAGAAAGUCUUCCGAACCUGGGUUAGACCACUUCCUGCUGGGGAUAGGUGAUCUGACGCCACGCCCACGUAAAUCAGCUGACAAAGGGUUAAUUUAGGUGCUGGGGCUCAAAAUGGCGGCAGCAACACUUUCUUAGUGAUCGCGUGCUUUUAGCACUCGUGUUGAUUUAAACUGGACGUGGAGGAAACCAGAUUCACCCGAGCUGAUGGAGGAGAGAGAGAAAGCCGGACCAGGACCAGGAAGGAGGAGAACCCAGAGUAUGGACGAACCUCCAACAGGUGAUGUCCUUGAAGAAGACGAAAACCAUCCUGCCAUCCCGGGGCUGAAUUCAUGCUGCUGCCUUCAGGGCGCAGAUACAGUCUGCUACGAUGCAGAACUGAUUAAAAGGUCAUUUAUCCCGGCUGUUAUCAUUUGUCAGACAUGAGGCUGGUUCUUGUUGGGAAGACUGGAUCAGGGAAGAGCUCCAGCGGAAACACCUUACUGGGAAGAAACGCCUUCACUGAAGCGGUCAGCCUGCUGUCAGUGACCGGACAGUGCUGCAAGCAGAAAGGUUUGGUCUUCGGCAGAGAGCUGACCGUCGUCGACACGCCCGGCCUCUUAGACACCUCAGAGUCUGACCACACAGUGAAGAGAGAGAUCGCUAAAUGCAUUAACAUGUCGGCCCCGGGGCCCCACGCCAUCCUGCUAGUUAUCAAGGUGAGACCCUUCACAGAAGAGGAAAGAAAUUCUGUCAGGAAGGUGGAGGAGGUCUUUGGGAAGGAUGCAUGGAAGAACACCAUCAUCCUCUUCACGUACGGAGACCGAGUUGAGUCAGACUUUGAGCGACAGCUGGAGGAGGCCGGACCGGAGCUGCUGGAGAUCCUGAGGAAGGCAGGAAACCGAUAUCAUGUCUUCAACAACCUCAAAGCCAACGAUCGUGGACAGGUCCUGGAUCUGCUGGAGAAGGUGGAGCAGAUGGUGGCUGCCAACGGAGGAGGGUUUUACUCCAACUACACCUACCAGCAGGUGGUGGAGAUGCUGGAUCAGAGAGAAGCAGAGCUCAGAGAGUUCUACCAGAAGAAACUGGAGGAGAAAAUAAAAGCUGUGGCGUCCAAGUACGAGAAGAAGCUGAGUGAAGCUCAGCAGGAGCAUCACAAGGUGGAGGAACGACUGCAGUCUGAGCUGCAGGAGGUGAAGCGCUACUAUCAUGCUUUGGAGAGUGGAGUCCGUCAGGUUGUGGAGCAGAUAGUGUCAACCGACUCCAAACAAGACAUUCUGAAGUUUCAUGAGACUCUGAAACUAAACUAAAGCUUGUAAACUCUGCUGGACCCUCCGCUGUGUCCAGCUGUACAGCUCUGUAGCCUGACUGUGUUCAAACUCUGAGAACAUGAUUCUGGGAAAAUGUGUCUAAACAGAUGCACAAACGACAAGAAUACUUCCAUUUCUUGAAGUACUCUCCAAACUGGGUGUUGGUACCAACUGAAGUGCCAUGCUAUCUUACCCUGGUACUACUAUGUGUUUUGCCAACUGUUGUGUCCCCCAUGCCAAACCUGUUUUUAUGUUAGACUGAGUAGUUGUGGAAUUGUUUUGGCUUGUCUCUGCUCAUGUGUUUCAAGGCUGAGUAAGACCAAAUAUUCCACUGUCUUAAAUCUUUAUGUACUUCUUUUCUCUGGGCCAGACACUCCAAGCGGGGGUGGGACCACUGGCCUAAGUGAAUCUGUGGAGUACUUCUCUGUUCUAAUUUUUCCUUUAAUAAAUAUCAAAAAACAA